GUCUUCGAUGCAGUCGUGUCUCUGGCGGGUUACGGUCUCGGUACGGAGGACCCUCAACACGAGCGUUUCCGUGCCCCACAGCCCCAAAGCGGGCAGAUUUUCCGUGAUUUCGUGGAGCGCUAUGGUACCCGCAUGGCCAAAGUUCCCGUGGUACUGGCUGUGCACGCAUGGUGUGACAGCCUCUCCAGCUAUAAUGACGACUGUGAGAUCAUCUGGGCCGUCAAGCAGCAAGCUCGCCGUGAGGGCUUCACCCAGCACGUUGCCGACAUGAUCACCGAAUUGGGGGCGUGGGGCGAAGCGCCAGUGGCAAAGUUCACGGACGUCAGUUUCUCCUGGAAAACGUUCGUAAAUGGUCUAGAUUUGCUAGCCCGCUCAACAACUUGGGCAAGCCAGCUCUCUUAUGCUAAGUGCCGUGGGGAAAUCGUACGAAUGCAGGAAGGAACUCUGAAAGGUCUGUUUCGCAUAGGUGUUGCACUCACCUUACAGUUUGUGCCCAAAAGCAUGGAAUCGCCUCAUGGCGGAUUCCAGAUCGCAGGACGUCGUGGUGCCAACACAAGUGGGCCCGUCGGCGUUGGCUCUGAGAGUUUGGCCGUCGACUUCCAGGCUCUGAGCACUCCCUGUGUCACUGCCAGCGUGGCUGUCCACAUGGCCAUGCAAAUAGGCAAGCAUGAGCUGUUGCUCCGUGGCUUUGGAAAUCUGCAGGAUAUCACACGACUUCGUGGAAUGCGGGGGUGGUGCCGUGGCAUUUUCAAGAAGACACAGAGUGACCCCGUUAUCCCCAGAACCGGGGGACGCAACCUCGAGGCCCAGGAAAUCUCGAAGGCCACAGUCUGUAGGCUCACACUGUACAACACAAACCAGGACACCGGAACCCUCAGCGUCUUCCACGUCUUGUCCUAUCACACCUGCAAGACCUACAACAUUCCAAUCUCGGACCGCGGCAUCUAUGUCGCCCAGAGCGGCUUCAGCUUUGGCCUCCAAAUUCCGGUCUCGGCUGUGAUCACCUCUGUGGCCGGGAAGAGGGUGACCAGCCUCAAAGCUUUCGAGACUGCCUUGGCCGGCAUCCCGAACAAGGAGAUGUUUGAAGUUCGCUGGUUCAACCCGUCCGCCAACGAGCACCGGCAGAAAUGCUCCAUGAUCCGCAUGGAGCGAACGCUUUGGCCAGCGAGGGUGUGGGACUUCUGCCCGAAGCGCCCCAACACCUGGCAGAGGAGGUCGUGGGACGGCGAGGUGGCAGACGACAAGAGGGGGGCAGCUGCGGCCACCACCGAGCCCGUAGAGUGCAGCCCCGUCUCCGAUGCCCGCAGCCGGGCUUCAGCAGAACAAGACGCCGACGUGGGCCCAGCAGCCCUAAGCGGUCAAGAGGACUCGUUUGGCUACCCUGAAAAUUCUGACGCUGCCAUCUCUAUGGUGCAGCCGAUGUUGUGCACCAUCGUGACACAAGUCUCACACGAGUACGCAACGGACUUCCUGCAGAGCAAAGAGGAGAACAAGUCGACCGUCAUCCGGCGCUGCGGUGUGGGGUUGGUGAUUGACUCCACAGCUGGUUUGGUGCUGACGGACCGCUACACCGUACCCCAGCCGCUCGUGGAAGUGGAGCUGACAUUUGGCCAGACCGUGACCGUGAACGCCACAUGCCUCUUCAUGCACCCUCACCAUAACAUGGUGCUGUUGCACUAUGCCCCGACAGCAGUCAAAGAUCUUCCCGUUCGUUCCAUCGACCUCAGCGAUGUGGCAGCGGGAGAUGCGACCAAGACGGACGAGCUCAGCGCAGGUCAGAUUCUGUCGUUUGUCUCCAUCCAUUCUGACCAUCAGCUCUCAGCGAAGCAGGUGACGGUCGGCAGCAUGUGCCUCAAAGUUUGGCCGUUUCCACAACCUCCAGCAUACCGCGGAAGGAACUUGGAGAUUUGUAACUUGAAUGACACGCUCCACGGCUUGGGCGGGCUUCUGAUCGAGCCUGCUCCGUCUUACCGCAUCCGGGCCUGGUUCGCCCAGUUCCCGGCAGGCAGCCUUCGAUACCUGGCCGGUGUGCCUGUGCAGGUGUUCGCCGCUGUUUUGGCCUCUCUAGGCCUGCCUUUGCAGGGCAGCUGGGCUGGCAAGCGAGGGCCAGCUGUGGACCCCACGUUGGCUGUGGCAGCUCUGGAGUGCGAAUUUGAAGAGGUGUCUUUGGCGAAGGCCCGCCGCGAGGACGGCGUGCCUCUGGAGAACGCGCGGGCCUUGGCCGCUUGCAGCUCUGGGGGCCGGCGCCACAUCCUCCGCGUGGGCCGCAUCACUUCAGGUAAGCAGUCCUCUGCGUGUGCUUCUGCAUUUGCUGUGUGUGCUCGCGUGCACCAAGAGUCACACCUCCGUGCAGAUGCCGCGAGCCAGGGGGCCCUGCUCAGAGCUUGUUACGCCUCCGUAAUCGCAGCCUGCGCCACCGCACAACGCUGGGAGUAUUGUCUCUCAGUACUCCACGAGGCACUGGGAGCAGGCAUGCUCCCAACUCCGGCAAUCUUCGGCGCCACCUUGGGGGCCGUAGAGGAGGCUGCGAGGGAGAAGGACUCAGAGGAGCUCCUCCGGAUCAUGGCGGCCAGGCAUGUGGAGCUGAAUGUCAUCGCACUGAGCACUGCGAUGAGUGCAGCACACCGAGGAGGGCGGUGGCAUCGGGCUGUGGGCUUCUUCCGCCAACUCCGCGUGAGCUCUUUGCGCCCAGAUCUUCCUGCUCUGACGGCUGCCAUAGGCGCCACGGCCGCGGGAUUGCUCUGGAAGAUUGCUGCGCGGCAUCAGCUGGAGCUGGGAACAACUCAGCUGAACUCUGGCCUCACGGCCCUGGCGAGAGGUCGCCAGUGGCAGCUGUCCCUCUGUGCUUGCAGCAAGGAAGCUUCCAGUGAUGGAUUCUCCUACAACGCGGCGAUGGCGGCUGCGGAUCGAGGCGCUUGGCCAGUCUCGCUGGCCUACUUUGCCCAGGUUCAGGCCAAGAAGCUUCCAGUGGGCGUGAUCACCUGCAGCACCGGCAUCAGCUCCUGCAGCGAUGCGUGGGUGCAGGCUUCUGAGCUCUUGGCAAUCUUGGGUACACUCCGCGAGGAUCCCACGCAGGUGACCCUCAAUGCCGCCAUCAGUGCUCUCGGCAAAGGUCCCUACAUUCCGUCGAGACCAGAAAACGUCUGCCAUGCUGACCUCAGCGCUUCGAAAGCG